AUGUGAUGAAUCUGUCCCGUUGAUCACUGCCCUUGUCGGGAAGGCUCCUACUCUUUCCCUACAUCCCCGUGUUCAUCCUGGUCAACCAGCCCAGCCAAAGCCCAAAGGUGGAUCAGGAUGUCCGGAGUAGCGGUGCUGGCAUCAGCUCUCUCCGCCGGGACGGCAUGGGAGAAGCUCUUCUCCUUCCUACGGGCAUUCACCUUGGUACCCUCAUCGUCGUCAUGGGUGGCCAUGGAUCUGGAGGACCUAAGGAAGCUGGAGAGAACCACACGACGGAUCCUGGCAACCCUGCACGACGCUGAGGAGCACUGGAACAUCCGGGAGGAAUCCACCAGUUUGCGGCUCAGGGAGCUCAAGGAGCUGGCGGAAGACAUCGAGGGCGUUGUUAAGGAGUAUGAGUAUCAAGCCGGCCGCUGUAAGAUGGAGGCCCUCAAACAAUCAACCAGAUAUCACUUCACCGGCAAGCGCAAGCGCCACGAGGAAAAUGAGACAGACUCCGGCGACACUGGUGUCGUACAGGUUCCAUAUGAGUUCCUUUCUCGAGUAACCAAAAUAACAGAGAGAUUUGACGAAAUCAAGCAUUUCUCAACCCAUUUCAGUUUAUCAGAGGAUGAUGGAGAGAGACUGCUCACUCCUGAUGUCAGUAGUCUGAGGCAUACCACCUCUUGUGUACUUGAGAAGGGGAUUCUGGGGCGAAACAAAGAUAUAGAUAUAAUUGUGGAGAAAAUACUGUCUGGGGAAGGGGAAAAUAAUGGAGGAAGGCAUGUAUCCGUCAUGGCAAUUGUUGGUACCGGAGGAUUAGGCAAGACAACGCUAGCACAACUUGUGUACAACGACCCGAGAGUGCGCCAGUCAUUUGACAACCAUGCUUGGGUUUAUGUGUCUGAGAAUUUCGAUGUCAGUACAAUAACAAGGGACAUCAUCAAUUCAUUAACGCAAGGGGCAUGCGAUUUUACAGAACUUUCUGACCUCCAGGAGAAACUGGCCGAUGAGAUGAAGGAUAAGAGAAUUCUACUUGUGUUGGAUGAUGUACAGAAUGAGCGGGGAGACUGCUGGGAAUCAUUGUGUCUGCCUAUGUGUUUUGCAAGGAUUUGUAAAAUCAUAUUAACCUCUCGGAGCGAGGAAGUUGCCAGACUAGUGCAGACAAUGCCUUCCCAUCGCCCAAGCUGCUUAAGUAUUGAUGAGAGCUGGUCCUUGUUCAACCAAGUAGUAUUUCCUGAUCAAGCGUUUGACGCUCCAGCAAAUCUGAUUGAGAUUGGGAAGAACAUUGUUAAAAGAUGUCAGGGAUUGCCGUUAGUAAUUAAGACACUAGGAAGCAUGUUACGCCAUGAAACAGAUGAAGAUAAAUGGGUAGAUGUCUUGGAAAAUGAGCUGUCGCACUUGGAAAAAUCACAUUACGAAGUUUACCAUCAUUAGAGUUGACUUACAAGCACAAGACCAUAUUACAUAUACUAAGGUGCUGCAUCAUUUUCUUUUCUAACUACUGUUUCCAAAAUGUAGGUUCACUUCCUAAGUUGAUGGUGUUAUCAAAAGGAUUUCGCUUUGUGCAAUGUGAUAGAGAAUAAAAUUGGACAUGUGUAUAUCAAUGAUUUAGUUCAGUCAUCCAUCUUGUUCCAUGCCUACAGUGAAUACUACUAGCUGACAUGAUCUUAGAUGAUUUGAAAGAAGUGCAUCAACUGAUGGAAUUCUGCAAAA